UUAACAUAUAUCAUCCCUUACUUAUUUAAUCAGUAUCAUGUCUGUCCUCGAGUUAGUUAUCAAGGGGUGCAAAAUCGCCAGCCUGCAAUAUCCAGGCCACAACUUACAAGAUGGAAUGGACCAAGUGAUUUAGCGUCAGACGCGUCGUGGCGUGGGGGUUCGCGUCUGGCAAUCGUAUGGCCACGCGUGUGCCUACUUAACGCGACCACUCACCCAAUGUACCUUUUAAGCCCGCAGGUGGUAAGGGUACUUCAUUCCUCGGCCUCAACUUCUCGCUGCUUCAACCGCCGCCAGGUAUCUCCCCCCUCUCCACUUCCCUCUAAACCAGCGAGUGUUAUCCUGCAAUGGCUUCCUCCGUCGUGCUGGGCAAGAGACUGCGCAAUGAUAAUGCCUCCGUUGCUAUAUCGUUGCGCUCCAGCAAACGACAGGCCCAAGUCCUUCCUCAACCUCAAAUUCACGAGGAGGAAGAGUCCAAUGACGAGAAUGACGAGCUCUCUAUACCGCACUCAACCGGCUGCAGAUCUAGACAGCGGCGUCGAGGCGUCACGACCACCACCAAACGAAGAACCCUCCCCGUUCGUAAUGUGCGCUCGAAACAUACCGUUCCUGACAAAACCAUCGACGAGUCUAUAUCCCCUUCAAAUACCGCUAUUAUACCGGAUGAAAAUACGCGCCCCUAUGAAUUCACCACUCCCAAGACACCAUCCCGCUACAGAGAUGCGCUCUCUCAUAAUAACGAUAAUACCAAAAUUAAACCCGUCCCCGUUACUCCCAGACACCGCGUGCAAGUUUUCUCUUCGGGAAGACCCUUGACCCCGCGAACUCCACGCAUGAUCGCUUCCCCAGCGCCUGUUCAGACUGUCUACACACCGGCCCGUCAACUGUUUGCAAGGAGUGCUACCCCAGGUCGACUCGUGGGCCGGGACAGUGAGCGACAAGAAUUGUCCUCAUUCAUUCAAAAUGCGGUGCAAUCGCGUCAGGGUGGUUGUAUGUAUGUCAGCGGACCGCCUGGAACGGGCAAGUCGGCCAUGGUGGACGAACUAUGUCAGGAUCUCAGUGUGGAUGUGGAUCUGAAGAAGGAAACUAUUAAGAUCGCCCGUAUCAACUGUGCGAGCAUGACAAACUCGAAAGAUAUUUACGCGAAGCUUGCAGAUGAGUUGUGUGAGGAUCCGCAGCUGUUCAAGCAGAGUCGGACUGAAUUGCUGGCUGGAAUGUUCGUGCAGAAGAAACGCACGAGUUCUUCUGCUACGCCCUCCGCGCUCUUCCUCGUGGCGCUCGAUGAGAUCGACCACCUUCUUACCACUGACGUCGAAACCCUCUAUACUCUCUUCGAAUGGUCCCUACAGCCCCACUCGCGCCUUGUGUUAAUCGGUAUCGCCAACGCUCUCGAUCUGACUGACAGAUUCCUACCCCGUCUAAAAUCCAAGAACAUGAAACCACUGCUCUUGCCAUUCUUACCCUACACCGCGUCGCAGAUCGCCGGCAUCAUUUCUACCCGACUCCGCUCCCUGCUACCCACUUCUAAUAACGCUAAAACUACUGCAACAAUUGUUCCGGAAGAUUUCACUCCCUUCCUCCACCCCGCUGCAAUCCAACUCUGCGCGCGAAAAGUGGCAUCUCAAACAGGUGACCUGCGCAAGGCGUUCGACAUCGUCCGCCGCACCAUCGACCUUGUCGAGCAGCAAACGCGGCAGACACAGAAGCCUAGCUCUUCCUACCAGUCGCCUUCGAAAAUACCCUUAGUUGAGAAUGCGAAUCUAGCCUCCUCCUUGAUUUCACCACCCGAUACGCCAUCAUCAUCAUCAUCUUCUUCUUCUUCGAUGACUCCAGCUACGGCUACAGUGUAUACACCCGUCACAGCACCCAGGGCAACGGUCGCACACGUCGCGCGUGUCACGGCCAGCGCUUUUGGUCAGGGAACUGUGCAGCGGCUGCAAGGGUUGAAUUUACAGCAAAAGGCGGCGCUUUGCGUGCUUAUUGCGCUUGGUCGGAGGAAGGUCGAUAACAGAGACAGCGGUAUACUAGAUACGCCAUCGUUAUCUAAAUCCCCACGAUCAACGAAAUCUUCUGUAGCUGCGGGAGUUGUUGCGGCACCAACAGUCAACGAGUUAUUCGUCACGUACUCGGGGCUGUGUCGCCGGGAUAAGAUUCUGCAACCCCUCGCAGCAACCGAGUUUAGGGAUGUUAUUGGCAGUCUGGAAACGUUGGGGUUGGUUGGGGAGGCGCAGGCACAGGGCCGAGGACGCGGGUCUACAUCCGCUACUGGUGGUGUUGGUGGUGGACCUGCUGGGUUACGGACACCCUCGAAACCGAAGACACCUACACGGAUGGCUGGUCGCGUGACUGGGGCUGGAGCGGAUGAGAGAAUGCUUGUUUGCUUUGUGGGUGAGGGGGAGGUCGAGAAGCUUAUUUGUGGGGAGGGAGAGGGCAUUCUUAGGGGGUUGUUCCGAGCGGAGGUCUAGAGCUGUUAGUGUAUUUGGUGGUGCAUUGAUAUGUGUUUGUUUGCAUUCAUUUGCUUUGAUAUAGCAUUUGCUUUGCUAUGGCAUUUGCAUGGCGUUUUUGCGAUGUAUGGGUAUACUUGUAUUCUUUUCCUGGAUGCAGAUUCGAUCCGGUUUGUAUGACUGGGCUGGAGUUGUGUUUUUAUAUUGUUUUAUUUUUCCCAAUUGUUAUUGUUAUUUCUAUCAUUACCGAGUUGGAGUUCUGUUGGUGGUAUUAUUUCUGGUUUACCACUGGGCGUUCGUUUGUAUGAAUAAAAUAUAGUAUGGGUAUUGAUGAUAAGUUAAUAGUCAUAGGCACAAUAUAGAGUACACUCCGUAUAUUUUACAUUCUACUCUCUUUCCCAGCAUGCUGAAGUUUUGUAUGCGGUCUUGAG